AUGAACGGAAGCGCAUAUAUGCAAGGGCACGGCGAGUCAGUACUGGCUUCGCAUCGUACUCGCUCGGCCGAGAAACAAGCCGAUUACCUCUUGCCAAAGAUCACAGCUACCAGCCGUAUACUGGACGUGGGAUGCGGACCCGGGACCAUCACUUGCGAUUUCGCAAGAAUCGCAUCCCAAGGACAAGUCUUCGGCGUCGACUAUAGUGAGGCGGCCUUGGGAUCAGCUCAGAAUGAGGCAAGAGAUCGAAGCAUUACGAAUAUUACGUUCCAGACUGGAACAGCCCACAGCCUGCCAUUCGAUGAUGAGACUUUCGACAUUGUGCACUGCCACGCCGUUCUAGUCCACAUUCCAGAUGUUCCUACAGCAUUGAGAGAGAUGCGUCGAGUAUGCAAGACAGGUGGCUACGUCGCUGCCGGGGAACCAGAUUGGGGGACUUGCAUCAUACAUCCUCACGACGCUCGCCUACAACGCUGGAUCGAAGUUCAUCGCGAGCUGAAACGACGGGAGAAUGUCGAGCCAAAUUGUGGAAGACACUUGGCGACAUGGGCGUUGGAAGCCGGGUUUGAUCAGGACAAGGUCAAUGUUGACUGUGACGUUCUGCGGUACUUUGGCACCGAGCAGGUGAGGUGGUGGGGACAGCUCUACUCGAAGAGAAUGCCGACGGAAGUUGGGGAGAGGGCCAUCAAGUAUGGAGUUGCGACGGCGGAAGAGGUCGAGCAGUUUGCCACGGCAUACCUUCAAUGGAGCCAAAUGAAAGGUGCUCUGUGGGCCAUGACUCGAAUGAAGUUCUUGGGCGAGAAAUAA